UAUUUGAGAUUUGAGAUAUUACACUCACUUUCUUUAUUUCAAUUUUUUCUUUGUUUCAAAUCAAAUGAUAAAAGUCUUGCAAUGGGACCUAUAUAAAUCAAUCAAGCACAAAAUAUCACAAUUAUUUCAUCUUUAGGACAAAACGCAUUUUUCUGAUUGGCCUUAAUGCCUUUAUAUAGUCCCUCUUUCUCAGCAUCAUUUCUCUAGCUUUUGAAAAUGGUGAUUAAGAAACAUUCGAGAUGAUCCAGAUGGGACACUCUUACAGUCCAUUCCAAUUUCCUGCAAAAUUCAACGUGGAUUUCAGUGUAAAACUCAGAUUUGGAGUAGUGUCCUCAAGAGAAGAGAACAUCCAAAUUAAUGGGGUAGGUUGUUAUUUUUGGGAUGCUACUAAUAAUGAAUGAAAGCGAUCAAAUUAUGAUUAUGCAAGUAACUUUUUGUAAAAUUGAGUUGUUUGUCUUUUUUGAGUGAUAGGGCAAGAAGGUACCAUGUGGAACUACUCGCAUGAAAUUUUAAGGAAGCUUCUUGUAAAUUGUUGGAAUCUGUUGACAAUUAUAUAGCUUGGAAGCUUCCUACUUUCACAUUCAGGUUUGAUCAAUUUUGUUGUGUCAUCAUUCUUCAGGUAACCAUGUUAUCUUCCAAUUGGAAACUGGUAAAUCACUUAGAAGGACAUUAGUCGAGCUAACAUUUCCCCGUCAAAGCGAUAAAGCCAUGUCUGCGUACGGGCAUAUGAUGGAGGGGGAAUUUUCUGCUCAAAGUCUUUCAACCAGAGGAGGUUCAGAAGUAGGAAGCCAUUAUACUCUGGAGACGGGGCUUUACAUUACUUCUUUUGCUGCCACAGUCCUCAUUGCUGGACUUGUGACAGUUGGCGUUUCGCUAAUGACCCUAUUGAUUACAUUGGCUGUAAUGUUGCGGUCUUGUCAAACUCAGAGUGCUGGUGUUGUUGAGACCUGGAAAUCCACCGAUGAUUAUAACUAUUGCAAAACUUUUGUUCUGCAUGCGGAACUAAAUCUUUUGCCUUCAGCUUCUUUCCCAGCAAUUUGCAAAAGCCUUGCUGUUGGUUACAUUAAAGACGGUCACUACCUGAAAGACUUAAAUAUUACAGUUGGAUUGGCAGAGCAAUACUUCAGUAAUCUCAAACCACUUCCUGAUGGCUGUGACGUUGUGUUGAUGGACAUUGAUGACCUCUUGCCAGAAGAUUCUUUCUAUCCCUACCAAGUGCUACAUCGAUUCAAGGAGCAUGUUUGUAGUGAUUGCAUUGAAGAUGUGAAAUACCUGAAGCACCUAUUUUUUCGACAACUGUACCUGAUACUUAAAGAUGGUGGGUGGAAACUGAUUUUCUUGUCUAGGAAGACUGAGAGACUACAUAAUACCACAGCACAAUACCUUAUUUCUGCUGGAUUUGGUGGAUGGUCAUCGUUAAUCAUGAGUUGGAAGAACUAUACUGCAAAAGGAAGGAUUUCGGAUCGUUGCUGUGAUUAGUAGCCAGAUGGAUGCUUUAACUGGCUCAUCUUUAGGAAGACGUGUUUUCAAGCUUCCAAACCCGAAUUUUUAUUUUCAAACGGGGCAUUAUACUGAAAUCAGAGAUGUACUCAAGUAAACUCUGCCGAAGAAAAUUUUCUUAGGAUAUGCAUAUAUAGCGGAACUAUGUCUCAACUCUCAACUACAUACAGAAUUUGGCUUGCAGCUUGCGUAAAGAGGCUAUUGUUGAUAUGUCUUGGUUGGAUCCUGAUGGUUCUACUCUUCAUUUUUUGUAAUUUGUAUAUAUUUUACUGCUGAUUUGCUCUUAGUGACUCCGCGAUUUUUAGCGUUUUAGAACUUUUUCUUCAUCUAUUUUAUUUCAUUGCCUGUAUUUAUUAUAUUUGUAAUGAAUUCAUAUCGUCGAUCCAGGAAUGUAAUAUCACCGAGCAAGCUGAUUGUAUUCCUACACUAAGCUUCUUCAAGUUAGAGAAUAUUUCCAUGUA